AUGAAAGUCGGUGUGCUAUUCAAUGUAUUAUUGGUAACAUUUGUGGUAUAUGGAUUUGAUAUACCCAAUUGUAACAAGACAGAGUUUUAUGAACCGAGUUUGAGAACAUGCCAAGCGUGUCCCACGAACGUAUCAAUGGUUGCAUCUGCUGAUGGGUUUUCAUGCGUUUGCGAAGAGCACAGCGUUCCAUCAGGCAUCGCUCGUUGUAAAACGUGCAGUGCUACUGAAAUUGUGUCUGACGAUGGUUCUACAUGUGUGCCACGUAAAUGCCAGAACCUGUCUGGUCGAUAUGUCUGUAGGAAGUGUCCUAUUGAUUACAUUUCUGUAACACAGAAUUUCGAUGGUUCCCCAAUGAAGGAGGUUCUGUGUGUUAAAUGUGCUCGUGGUUAUAAAGCACAGGGCAACAUCUGUGUACGUUGCGAAACCUGUACUUGUGCCAAGAAUCAAAUAGUGGCCAAAGGGAUAUGUAUACCGAAGCGUUACUUAUCUGAACGGCCCAAAUAUGAAGAAACAAAACUACAUCCAUCUGAUGUGUUGGAAUUUGUUAAACAUGAAUAUCUGUGUAGCCAAAACGAUAUUUUGUCAUGUCGAACAUUAACAAGGGAAUGUGUUAAAAAUUUUUACGUGACAGAUUUAGCGGGACCCUGCAGGCUCUGGUUGCAGCCUAAAUUACAAACUCCAAAAGGGUUACCGCAUCUGUCAUUAGAUGAGACAGUUGAUAACAAACCAGGCGAUAUAGAUCUCUCUGUAGGAAAGGUUGGUUUCCUAUUGGGAGUAGCAGUGUAUACGUCAGAAGGAGGUGUGAAGUUUCUAAACGAUUACGACCGCAAACCUUUAUUAUGUCUUCCACCUAUUAAAAUAAUAAUCGGCAAUGAUUUUUCAUACAAUUGCAAUAUAAAUAUUUCGACAUUGUCUUCUAUUGAUAAUGAUAGCACAUUUGAAAUAUUUAAUGUUAUGGAUGGUGAAUUGAGAACGAUACCAGUUAUGAUACGCAAAACAAGUCGUUCCUACGUCCAGAAAGACACGUGGCCUACAAAUAUGUUUAGACGAUAUAUUCUGGUAGGCAACUAUUUAUCGAUUAGUAAAAAUGAAACCAACACGGUAUAUUUAAGAUCGAUGAAUAUUAGAAUACAGAUACAACGACAGAAGUACAAAUCGAGUUCGUUGAGGGGUCGAAUUAUGGUAGAAUUGAAAUAUGCUACACUAUCGCCUUUCACUGAUGUAGUUACAACUUCAUUAACGGUGGUACAUGAUAUGCCCAGUGCUGGAGUCAUUAGAGGUUUAGAGAUAUGGGGCGCGGUCCUUGGUUCUUUGCUGGCAUUGUACGCAUUGGUACAAUGGCGAGGGGAGUUACGUAGAGGUGGCUUACUUUUCUCUUUGGUGCCCCUACUGGCCGGGUCUAUUGCCGAUACCCUUUAUUUUGCGGCGAUUUUAUCCACACUGCAUGCCCUGGCUGCCGAAGCCGGCACGUUGGGAAUGACGUUACCGUUAUCAAAAACUGAAGAGUACAUACUGAGGGCUUUUGUGUACUCUGCAGUUUCAUUGAAGUUUCUGAAAGUAGCUUGGUUAAAUUGGAAGCAAAGCAUUUGUGAUAUAUUUUUCUUGGAUUGGACAGAAUAUAACUCAUCAUACGAAAGAGAUGUCUCUACUUCUGAUACAUGUAAUAAUUACAAAACUACAGCACUAGCGAGAGAGUGGAGUGACAUGCAAACCAAAAGACGAGCACCGCCUGGAUAUACUGUUACUUUAGCAUUAUUUAUUUACUAUAUGUCAUCUACAUGGCAGGAUUCCUUGCCUCCAAGUCGAGGAUACAAAUGGAGUGUAGCAGCAAUAGCUUGGUGGAGUGCCUACAUUGUGGUGUUAUUAUUUAGGAUUAUCCUGAACAAAAUCCUCGAUCCCCCAUCAUCUUUUCUUCCAAAAUUAUGUACUAGUGUGGGACUAUCGUUAUUAGUGUUCCAAGAUGAAUAUUACGCUCACUAUAUACAUGGACGGAGUGAUGACUCAAAGGAACUAAGGUCGAUGGUAGGGCCGCUGGCGAUGUGCCGAGUGGUUGUUGCUCCACAAUUAAGGGCCGUAUAUAAACAAUUGUCCAGUCAGGAUGCAGAUUUCUUAGGAGAAAAUGUUUCGAGACAGGUUCUUUUAUCAAGAUUUCUGGCUGCAUUCUUUGAAAGAGCUUUAGAUGGUUUAAACUGGGUGGCCAGCGAACGGUCAGUACCAGAGCGAUUAUUAGACAUCGAGUUGACUGUCAGGGAAUCCGGCAGCACUAGUGUCCUGUUGUACGACCCUUACGAUGCUGCGCCGUCUUGUUUUGCUGUGACGUGGUGGAGUGAGGAGUGGACUCUGGCUACAUUUGAUGCUAUGAUAUUCGGUAGCGUGGUUAUGAUCGCAGGAGAUUCCUUGUUGGCUGCUCUAAUCACUAUUAUAAUUUGGCAGAUUAUGAAAUUUACCAGAACUUGGUUUGGAAUUAGAAACGUGAACAAGAAGACGGGUACCGAAGUUUCUUUUUAUCCUAGAUAA